AUGGCCCCAAAUGAAGGCCGUCAGUAUAUGGGGAUGAUCCGCUUGCUUCAGCAUUUUGGAUGGACUUGGGUAGGGCUCCUUGCUGUGGACGACAGCAGUGGAGAGCAUUUCUUGCAGGCCUUGGAGCCAUUACUAUCUCAGAAUGGAAUCUGUUCAGCCUUUGCACAAAGAAUCCCCAAACAAGGCCGUUUGCUUAACAUUGAUGAAUUCAAUGUUGUGGCCUCAAAUAUUUUUCUACCUUUAAUGGAUAGGAACACCAGAGUUUGUGUCAUCUAUGGUGAAACUUUGACCAUCAUGUGGCUGAGCACUGUAGCAACUCUAGCUGAUCCUGGACAUAAAGGAAAUACAACUGUUGGAAAGGUUUGGAUUAUGACAGCCCAGAUUGAUUUCACUCUCAUGGGCCUUUUAAUAAGUUGGGAUUUCCAACUGUUCCAAGGCACUAUUUCCUUCACAAUCCACUCAAAUCAACAUCUAGGGUUUUUGAGGUAUCUUCAGAACAUACAUUCUCAUUGGACACACAGAAAUGGUUUUGUCCAGGACUUCUGGGAACAAGCAUUUGACUGUUCAUUCUCAAAUCCAAGCAUGCCAGAAAAGAACAACAGGAUAUGUACAGGACAGCAAAGGCUAGAGAAUCUUCCUGAAUCUGUUUUUGAAAUGCACAUAACUGGCCACAGCUACAGUAUCUAUAACGCUGUCUAUGCUGUGGCACAUGCUUUGCAUGCCAUGGAUUCGUUGAGAUCCAAGCACACAGCAAUAGUCUUGGGUAAAAGACUUGAUUAUCAACAUCUCCAGCCGUGGCAGCUCCAUUCAUUUCUUCAAGGCAUUUCAUUUAACAACGCAGCAGGAGAAAUUGUGUCCUUUAAUGAUAAGAGGGAGAUGGUUGCUGGAUUUGACAUAACGAACAUGGUCACAUUCCCAAACACUUCCUUCCUUAGAAUCAAAGUCGGAAGGGUGGAUCCCAACGCUAAGGAAGGAAAAGAAUUAAUCAUGAAUGAGGAUAUAAUGCAGUGGCAUGGGAGCUUUAACCAGGUGGCUCCUGUUUCUGUGUGCAGUGACUCCUGCCCCCCUGGUUAUCAGAAGACAAAGAGGGAAGGAGAGAAAUUUUGCUGCUUUGAUUGUGCUCACUGCCCAGAAGGGAAGAUUUCAUAUAAAAAGGAUGUGGAUGACUGUUCCAAAUGUCUAGAAGAUCAAUACCCAAGCAAGGGCAGAGAUAGGUGCCUCUCCAAGGAUAUAACAUUUAUGUCCUAUGAAGAACCUUUAGGGAUCAGUUUAGCUUCUGUUGCUGUUUCUUUUUCACUCCUCACAGCCUUGGUGUUAGGAAUUUUUAUCAAGCACAAAGAUACCCCCCUUGUCAAAGCCAACAACCGGGACCUCACCUACGUUCUCCUUGUCUCCCUCCUGCUCUGCUUCCUCUCAUCAUUAUUAUUCCUUGGGCGACCUAACAAAGUGACCUGCUUACUUCGACAAUCUGCUUUUGGCAUCAUCUUCUCUGUGGCUGUUUCUUGUGUGUUGGCCAAGACCAUCACUGUGGUUGUUGCCUUCAUGGCCACCAAACCAGGGUCCACCAUGAGGAAGUGGGUGGGGAAAAAAAUGACCAACUCCAUUGUCCUUUCCUGCUCCCUCAUUCAAGCAGGUAUUUGUGGUGUGUGGCUGGCAACCUCUCCCCCAUUCCCAGAUUUGGACAAGCAGCCUCUGACUGCAGAGAUCAUUGCAUUGUGUAAUGAAGGGUCUGUCAUCAUGUUUUAUCUCGUCCUGGGCUACAUGGGAGUUCUGGCUUUCAUCAGUUUUUCUGUAGCUUUCUUUGCCAGGAAGUUACCAGACACAUUCAAUGAAGCCAAGUUCAUCGCCUUUAGUAUGUUGAUGGUUUGCUGUGUUUGGUCGUCUUUUGUCCCCACUUACCUGAGCACCAACGGGAAAAACAUGGUGGCUGUGGAGAUCUUCUCUAUCUUGGCCUCCAGCGCUGCAUUAUUGGGCUGCAUCUUUUCACCCAAAUGUUUCAUUAUUCUGCUAAGACCUGAACUGAACAACAGAGAGAAACUAAUAAUGAGAAAGACUUCAAGAAUAUAA